CCUUUUAUCAAGUUGUUCUGACACACCAAACCAAACCAAACCAAAAGGAUCUAUCUAUCUAUCUAUCUCUAAAAUUCACUUGACUGUCUUUCUCUGUUUGAAUUCUGUACUUUGUUUCUGCUCCAGUCAUGGCGGCGCCAUUUCUGAGCAAGACGUAUGAGAUGGUCGAUGAUUCCUCCACCGAUUCCACUGUUUCGUGGGGUCUCAACAACAACACCUUCGUCGUUUGGAACGUCACCGAUUUCGCCAAACACAUCUUGCCCACCUAUUUCAAGCACAACAACUUCUCCAGCUUCGUCAGACAACUCAACACCUAUGGUUUUAGGAAGGUUGAUCCGGAUCGCUGGGAAUUUGCACAUGAAGGGUUUUUAAGGGGUCAAAAGCACUUGUUGAAUACUAUCAGGAGGCGGAAAUCUGCCCAUGUCAAUGGCGGUAGCCAACCGCCGGCUCAGGUGCAGAAGCCGCCUGCUGGGGCGUGUGUUGAAGUGGGUAAGUUUGGGAUUGAUCAAGACAUUGAGAGACUGAAAAGGGAUAAAAAUGUUCUUAUGCAAGAACUUGUGAGGUUAAGACAACAGCAACAAUCGACUGAUAACCAAUUGCAAGGUGUUGGGCAACGUGUGCAGGUAAUGGAGCAGCGUCAGCACCAGAUGAUGUCAUUUCUGGCUAAGGCCAUGCAUAGUCCGGGAAUAUUGGCUCAGUUUGUACAGCAGCAGAAUGAAAGUAAUAGACACAUUUCUGGAGUUAAAAAGAGGAGGCUUCAUAGGCAAGAAGAUGAAGAAGAAGGAGAGGAAGAAGAUAGUUUAGCUACCAAGCAUCUCCAUAAUGCUCUUGAUGGACAUGUUGUCAAGUACCAGCCUUCGAUAAAUGAGGCAGCCAAAGCAUUACUUCGCCAGAUAUUGCAAAAGAACAAUUCUACAAGGAUGGAAUCAUCAAUUAAGAACCCUGAUGCAUUCCUUAUUGAUGAUGUUCCUUCAGCCAUUGCAUUAGAUAGCAGUGGUUCAUUCACUCAGGUCUCCGGUGUAACACUUUCUGAGGUUCCACCUAUUUCUGGGCAGCCAUGUGUGGCAGUAGAAUCUCAAUUUCCUGUUAGUUGUAUGACCAAUAGCAUGUCUGAGGUGCAACCUCCACCUGCUGUGUUGACGGAUUGUGUUAGCACAGCUGAAUUUCCAGAAUUAAUGGCACGAAGUUGCCAAGAUAGUGUUUUGGAUUUUGGUAAAGUUCAAGGAUCGGGGACAGAAAGCGGCUCCAUGAAUCCUGCCCUAAGUUUUGCAGGCUCUAACAUCGGGAGUGAGCCGGAGAUAGAGGCAAUGUCGACUGUUUUAGAUGGGACACAGUCUCUUGAAGCUAAUGCAUUUUCUCCUGAUGCAGAUGUAAUUUCUAAGCUUCCAGGAAUCAAUGAUGAAUUCUGGGAACAAUUUUUUAGCCCAAGCCCACUUACUGGAGAUACAGAUGAAGUUGAAUCCAGUUCUCUGGGAUAUGGGUUGACUGAAGACCAGGAAUAUGAAAAGGAGAUUCAACAGGAAAAGAUGGAUAAGAAACAGUAUAUUGACCAUCUUUCACAUCAGAUGGAACUUCUUGCAUCGGAGUCUUAAUUGUGUAUAUAUGUUUCUGGCAACUGAAGAGGUUGAGGUCCUUUGCUGCUGGGCAGACAAUGUCAAAUUAUAUGCCUGCUUUCCUGCAGAGGUUGAAGCAUAUUAUCCCUGCUUCUACAAAGAUACCUGACUGAUAUCACCAAACAAAUUAUCCCUGUUUCUCAUCCCCCCAUCUGUGUCUCUGCCCCGUUUCAUGUGUUUCAUUUGUCACUUGGGGGGCAAAAACUUAAUACAGUUUUAUUUAAUUUCCCUUAUUUUGCUUGUACUUUGGAUUUGACAAUUCUGUUUGCCCUUCUAGCACUUCUUGUUUAUAUUUACAAGGAACAGGAUAGUUUUUUUUA